CAUGAUAAACGCCCAACUAGGCCAAGAAAGGCGCUAGGAUUAUACUGUUGGCUAUCAACAGUGGCCUUUUCAGAAGCGAGGUGCGGUUCUAGGCUAUCGUUGACAUCAGUAUUGGCAGCCAUGGGCAAGGAUGAUGAGAAGCCGCCGCUUACUGACAGCACUGCCAGUGGCGGCAAUGAAGUGAAGCUUGGUAACAGGGGAAAUUGGGGCCGACAGUUGGACUUCAUCCUAACGUGUGUUGGUUUCGCUGUCGGUCUUGGUAAUGUGUGGAGGUUUCCUUAUCUCUGCUACAGGAAUGGAGGGGGUGCCUUCCUCAUUCCGUACAUCUUGAUGUUGGCAAUCGCAGGUCUACCAAUUUUCUUUAUGGAGUUGGCGAUCGGACAGUUCUCAAACUACGGGGCCAUGGCAGUGUGGAAGAUAUCACCAGCUUUUAGAGGGCUAGGGUAUGCCUCAGUGAUCAUCUCCUGGCUGACCUGUGCCUAUUACAACGUGGUGGUCAUGUGGAUCAUCUUCUACCUCUUUGCUUCCUUCUCCUACGAGGUACCGUGGGCGUCGUGCAACAACUACUGGAAUACACCCAACUGCUACAGGAGAGAACUCUCCGACCUUCAAUGUACCAAUAAUACGAUGGCGAACUGCACGGCUACUCGUGUCUUCACCGGAAACGAAACUUCGCCAAGCCAGGAAUACUGGGAACGGUACGUGCUUGACAUAAGUAGUGGUAUUGAGGAGCUGGGGACCGUGCGCUGGCAACUUGUCAUCUGCCUCAUUCUCGCCUGGAUCAUCGUCUUCUUCUGUUUGGUCAAGGGCAUCAAGUCCGCAGGAAAGGUUGUCUACUUCACCGCCCUCUUCCCCUACGUCGUGUUGGUUGCGCUGCUUAUCCGGGGUGCUACUCUGCCGGGCGCCAGUAAUGGAAUAUACUUCUAUAUCGUGCCGACUCUCGAGAAACUCUCUGAUGCAACGGUGUGGAAAGAUGCAGCCUCUCAGAUCUUCUACUCACUCGGGCCGGCUUGGGGUGGACUCAUCACAUUUGCAAGUUAUAACAAGUUUCACAACAACUGCUACCGGGAUGCGGUCAUCGUAGCCGUGAUUAACUGCAGUACAAGCGUCUUCGCUGGGUUUGCUAUAUUCUCGGUCAUAGGUUUCAUGGCGCGUGAGGUUGGCAAAGAAGUUAAAGAUGUUAUCCUCAGCGGUAGCGGUCUGGCGUUUAUUGCCUACCCAGAAGGAAUAUCCAGGAUGCCGGCUGCCCCAGUUUGGGGGGUUCUCUUCUUCACCAUGCUGUUGACCCUUGGGCUUGAUAGUCAGUUUGCAAUGAUGGAGACGGCUAUUACCGGAAUAAUCGACAGCUAUCCUCGGCAGCUACGCUCCAAGCAGACUUGGGUGACACUUGUCGUGUGCAUUAUCACCUUCCUUGCAGGAAUACCGUGUGUGACAAGGGGCGGAACGUUCGUUUUGACACUGAUGGACUGGUUCAUCGGUGCUCCCGCUCUAAUCAUUGUGGGCUUCUUCGAAACUAUCGUCGUCUGCUAUUGCUAUGGCAUCUGGAAUUUCUGCGAUGAUAUCCAGUUGAUGAUAGGUUUCAAGCCCAACUACUACUGGUUGGCCUGCUGGAUGUUCAUUACCCCAGCCUCACUACUGUUCAUUGUGGUGAUGUCUGCGAUCAAUUACGUGACGCCGUACUAUGACUCCAACUAUACCUACCCGCCGUACGCGGAGGGCAUCGGCUGGCUCCUGGGGACCAUCUCGCUCGUCUUCAUCCCCGCCCUCUUCCUCAUCACGUUCAUCUCGCAGGUUACCACUAUGAAGAAACUGACUGACUUCUUCGAGGGAAGGACAACCAUGGAGGUGAUAAGGAAGAUGUUCCGACCCCCGAAGAACUGGGGUCCAGCUGUUGGUAAUGAUGGCUUGAUUGAUGGCGUGACACCGUCCUCGCAGCUCCUCAAGAUGAGGCAAGAGGAAGCUACGGCCAGAACGGAGGCAAUUCACAUGCAUCAGAUGCGGCACGCGGCCUAUGAUAACCCAACAUUUGACUCCCUCCCAGCAUCGCUUUAUUGAGGAUUGCGAUUUGACUAGGCCGUAAUAUAGGCAAAAUCAUGUAUAUUCGUAUGCAGUCAAGCAUUUGACAACACCGCGGUAGAAAUCCUAUAUUGAUAUAAGCAGUGUCCAAUCCAUUUCAGGUCAUCAUUUAAAUAACUAAUCGACCAUCGUGAUCUUCGUAAUGAUAUUAUUUUUUCGAAAAUACCCUUUCAUUGCAUGACCAAUAGAGGCCAUUACAUGUAUAUUGUAUCCAUACCAAAUAGUACAAUCAAGUCUUGAGCAAUUUCGUAAAUGGGUCAAUUUCAAUUUAUUUGACUAUUCCAAAGCUUGAUUGACUUCCAAUACAUAAAUAUUUGGUCUGAGUCAAAUGUUAUGCAGUAUUGCGUUUACGUGUUACGUAUUGCGUUUACGCAUACCAUAUCUCCUCGCUGAGAGAGGCACAGAGGUACCUCCCAAGAGAGUGUUGCUGGCCAAGUUUGGUGUCAGUUCUCAUCUGAUAAACUGCGUCACGCAACUCCGUCUUUGCGCACAUGGAGUAAUGGUGGGCAAGAUGGUCAUUGGAGUUAGAUAGUUAGCUACAGAUCCAAACACAACCAAUCAUUAGGAACUGAAAUAUCGUAAACAUCUUGUUUUCGUUCUUAUUCUGAUUCUUGUUUUGCAUCCAGGUGAUCACGAAAAGUUUAUAACACGUAUAGACAGACGUAGCCAGAUGGGGAUCGGGGGUCCUAAUUUUGGAAUUGGCCGGGUAAAUCCAGCUGAAAUUCUUUUUCAAAAGUGACCAUGAUUUUCUCUUGUGUUUCGAGAAAACUUCCCGCUCGGAAGAUCCUUGCCACGCCUUUUAUGGGUUUUGGGGUAGAUUCGACGAGUAAAUAAAGACAAACAUCUUAUCUUUAGUACUUUUGUCACCAGCACGACUGAUAUAUUGGCUAUACUAGCUAUUUGUAAUAAAGACAUUGAAACCA